UAAUUGUGGUCUGAGGCCAUACACUACACACUGUUUUAGAGGGCGCUCUGCUGGACACGAAGGACAUACUCCGGGCGUGUCAUGAAACGAGUGGCCGUAAUAGGGGCGGGGGCCAGUGGUCUACCCGCCAUCAAAUGCUGCCUAGAUGAAGGAUUCCAGCCUGUCUGCUUCGAAAUGUCUGACGAUAUUGGUGGAUUGUGGAAUUUCACGCCAGACGUUCGGGCGGGUCAAGGUAGUGUCAUGAAAUCCACCAUUACCAACACCAGCAAAGAGAUGAUGGCGUACAGUGAUUUCCCCCACCACAGGGAUUCCCGAUAUACCUUCAUAACCGCCAAGUACUUAAGUACUUCCGAAUGUACGCCGACAAGUUUGGUCUGCUUCAAUUUACGUCAUGGUCUGCUGUGGACUUACAGAGAUAAAUAUGUACCUGACAUAAAAGGUCAGGACAAUUUCCAAGGGCAAAUAAUACAUUCACAGGAAUAUCGGGAUUUCCAUGGGUUUGAGGACAAGAAAAUCGUUGUUGUUGGCAUUGGGAACUCUGGCGUGGAUGCAGCCGUGGAACUGAGUCGCGUUGCAUCACAGGUGUAUCUAAGCACGAGAGACGGACGCUACAUAUUCAGUCGUGUAUCCGAAGCGGGAAUGCCAAUGGAUAUGAUCCAUUUGACUAGGUUUAAACGAGUAGCUAUAAGUUAUCUUCCCAGGUCUCUUGUUGCAAAACUAUAUAUGAUGAAACUAAACCAAAUGGUCAACCAUAAGGCAUACUGUCUUGAGACAGACAAUGGGCCAUUUUCAAAGAGCGUUCUUAUCAACGACGAACUGCCGAGUCGUAUUGCAUGCGGAAGCAUCGUCGUCAAAUCAGGUGUAAAAUGUCUUCAUCAGACUAGUGUGGAGUUUGAGGAUGGAACAAUAGAACGGGAUGUCGAUGUGAUACUUCUCGCAACAGGGUACACAUUUGACUUUCCAUUUUUACACUCUUCUGUCAGAGGACUGGGUGAAAACAACAACAAGCUCUACAAGUUCAUGUUCCCGCCAGUCUCUACUCGACCUACAAUCUGUGUCAUAGGUUUACUACAGGCCGCCGGAGCACUGAUGCCUAUAGCUGAGAUGCAGGCGAGACUGGGUUUGGCUGUUUUUAAGGGAAAGGUGACCCUUCCCUCAGUUAAAUUACAAGAGGCUGAUGUGGAGAAUGUCCGGAACAUUAAUAAAAAGGUGUUUCUUGAUUCGAAGAGACAUUAUGUCACAGUUGACUAUAUCCUUUACAUGGAUGAACUGGCCAAACUAUUUGGGUGUAAACCUCAUUUAGUGAAGAUGUUCUUUACUGAUCCUAACCUGGCCUGGUGUUGUUUAUUUGGACCUUGCACGCCUUACCAAUACAGACUAGAGGGGUCAGGCAAGUGGUCGGGUGCCAGAGACACAGUUCUUCAUCAAUGGGAGAGAACCCUUGCUCCACUGAAAACCAGACCGGUUUUUUGA